AUGUUUGGAUACACGGCGAGAGCGAUCCCGCGCCUGGCGCACUCGGCGUCCGUCUUCACAUCUCGGCGCGCAUACGCGGCGAAGCCCUCGACGCCGCGUCCGCCCCCGCCCCCGCCGCCGUUCGAGACCGUCCCGACGUGUCCGUCUCCGACCUGCGGGUGUGCCGAGACGCCGGCGAUGCCGGAGGGCCUGCCGAUCGACUUCAAGAGCCCCCUGAACGGUGUCGUGUCGGCGUACGCCGAGCAGGUGCUCGUGUGUACGGGCAAGGACGACUGGGCCUCGAGGAUCGAGGAGGAGAACAGCGGGGACAACCUCGCCGCCGAUCUGAAGGAGUUGUUCGGGCGCGGGGGCACGUAUAGUGAUCCAUGGCACAACAUCUCCGUCCUGAACAGCUCCUUCCCCUCCUCCGUCCCGAAACGGAGCGAGCUGCAGACGACGAGCGCCUACCUCCUCCCCAGCUUCAAGUACGUGCCCUUCCUGCCGCGCGUGAGCUUCGACAGCGUGCAGGCCCUCGCCAAGGGCUACCUCCUCCCCGAGAAGCUGCACAAGAUGCACGACGGCCUGUCGCCCAUCCACCGCGACAGGCUCACCCGCAAGGAGGCCUACCAGUCCCUGCUGUACGGCGUGAGGGACGUCGAGGACGUCCUGGUGCUCGUCUGCGGCCACGGCGGGCGCGACAUGCGCUGCGGCGUGAUGGGGCCGGUGCUCAGGGACGAGUUCGAGAGGCAGUUUGAGGGGCUGGGCGUCGGCGUCUCGCGGGGUCCGGUCGAGGUUGACGAGGGUGACGGGGAGAGGAUCGCGGCGCCUGAGGGGAGGGGGAUGUCGGCGAGGGUUGGGCUGAUAAGUCACAUUGGCGGCCACAAGUUCGCCGGGAAUUGCAUCGUUUAUAUCCCGCCCGGUCUGAAGACCGAGAAGGGCGAGGAUCACCCGCUUGCUGAGGCUUUCCGCUCACAACCGCCACGCAAACUCACCCAAACCACCACCCGCCGCCUCAAAUCCACAGCCACCCGCAACCGCAACUUCAUCAGACCCCGCUACGUUCCCCUCCUCCUCCUCCUCGCGGCUGCCGGCGUGGCAUGGGACUCCCAAUGGCUCUUCCCCUCCUCGACGCCAACAGACCCCACCGAGGCCACGAUCCUCUCCAACGCCCACAAGUUCGUCCACUUCGACGUCACCUCCAAGGAGCAAGUCUCCCCGACCUCCUUCAUCCUGACGCUCAAACCCCCGACGACCUCGCGAGGCGGCGCCGUCGCCCCGCUCUCGUCCCUCUGGGACCUCUUCGACCUCUGGUGCGUCGAGGUGAAGCAGCCGCAGAUCCAGGUCGCCCGCGAGUACACCCCGCUCCCGCCCAACCCGGCGGCAGACCCGAACCCCGCCGACGACGCGCUGAGGCUGUACGUCCGCGCGCUCCGCGGCGGCGAGGUCUCGACGUACCUGAGCGGGCUGGCCCCCGGCGACACGGUCGAGAUCCGCGGGCCGCACGGGGAGUUCGACCUGAGCAGCCGGCUCGGCGGGGCCGGCGGGCGGGUCGUGUUCCUGGCGGGCGGGACGGGCGUCGCGAGCGCGCUGCAGGCCGCGCGUGCCGUGCUGCCGCGGGCGGUCGACGUGACGGUCUUCUGGGCCGUGAGGAGCCGGGAGGAGGUGCAGAGGUUGGAGGGGCCGGCGAGGAAGGAGGAGAAGAAGGCCUCGUGGAGUUGGAAUCCUUUUGCGAGGGGCGCGAAGGAGGAGGGGAUCCGGGCCGAGACGCUUUCUGCGGAGCGAGGGCACGCGUCGCCUGUUGCUAGGGACUUACUCGCCUUGAAGGAGAAGUACGGCGAUAAGCUCGACGUCCGCGUCGUGGUCGACCAGGAAGGGACGCGCGUCGAGGAACGUGACCUAGCUGCGGCCCUCUCACUUCCCGCAGACUUUGCGCCCGCGGCGGUGGAGACGGCGGGCUGCAAGUUCCAUUCGCAAACGGCGCAUCUGGGCAUGGUCGACGGCGCCCCGAACGCCGGGAAGAAAUUCCUCUUCAGAAGGGAGCAGGACUGCGGAUGCGUUGCCAAGGAGGACGUCGCUGUGGGCAAGAACGUGUUUGUCGUCUCCGGGCCCGAGGGCUUCGUGCAGGCGUACGCGGGGCCCAAGAUCUGGCGCGACGGCGGGCAGCUGCAGGGCCCUGUUGGUGGGAUGCUGGGGGCGUUGCAGAGGUCCAAUCCUGAGCUGUUGAAGAAUUGGAUUGUACUCAAGUUGUAA